GUGACUAUCUAUGGCUAAGAUAUGCCGUAGUGAAAUGAGUGAAAAUUUUAGUGUGUGAUUUGGAAUUUUUAUUAAAAAAUAAGGAUGUCACGAAGACAUCGUGUAGAACGACUGGAGUAUCCUCCACCUCCCAGUAAAUGUGCUAAGUUCUUGUACUACACGUGGAAGCUAUGCUCCGUGGUGUUCUCCCACUUCGUGAUGAUCAGCCUGGUGGUGGCUUAUUGUAUCCUCGGCGCUGUCACAUUUGAAAGGUUGGAGUCACAUCAUGAGAGAGAGGUGAAGAGGAACAUAUCGCAGAUUCGCGGGAACACCACGCACAGCAUUUGGACGAUGACCAAUAGAGUGACGUAUCUGAACCAGGCUAACUGGACCUCGGAGGUGGUUGAUAUGCUUAAGGAUUUCGAGAACGCAAUCCUGUUAGAGAUGAAGGUCCGCGGCUGGGACGGCAACGAGAGCACCGACCACAUCCAGUGGACCUUCACGGGAGCUUUGUUUUAUUCUAUUAUCGUCAUUACUACUAUAGGUUAUGGUCACAUCGCGCCGAAGACUCAAACGGGCAAGGUGGUUACCAUCUUCUACGCCAUUUUGGGAAUUCCGCUCAUGCUGCUGUGCUUGUCUAAUAUUGGUGAUGUUAUGGCGUCUUCAUUCAGGUUUUUAUAUUGGCGUGUAUGCUGCUACGUGUGUACGCGCCCGCCCAAAGAGCACCAUCGGUAUCAUUCCAGGCGCGCACAACGAGGUACGAGCAUGCGCUGCUCCACGCGGCGGCGGCGGCCCCUCGAGCGGUCGCACUCUGAUACUGAUUGCAGGUACCGUGACAGCGGCUACAACAGCAAUCGACUGAAGCACCCCCGCCGCCCCGCGCCCGACCCUGUGCCUUUGCCAUCCACUUCUAGAGCUAGAACACAACCACCAGUGUAUUCAAGACCACAUGGACACAGAGAUUUUGACGAUGAGCACAUACAGCCGGGAUUAAAUAGACAUGGAAGGCAUCUUUAUGAAGAAGGAGAAGAAUUUCCAAAAAUAUCUCUACCAUUACAAGAUUUAGAAGCAGCAUUGAAGGAAUUGGAUAACUAUCAAAAGAAAGUCGUGAAACCAGAGUUACGAAGCAAAUCUUUACCUCGACCGGCGAGAACAAAGUCCGAUUUUGGUCCUUUGAGGAACUUUGACCAAAGACAUUAUGAAAUGGACGAUGGAAAGGAAAUAUAUGAAAUGCAUGACCUACAUGAUGUUGAUUAUGAGAAUUAUAAAGAGAGGAAAGCGUUGGAGGAACGGGAAAAACGGCAGAGGGACCGAGAGGACUCUGGUUAUAGAGAUCACGGGUACGAUCCAGAGAGUGAUGAUUUUGAAUUCGACGUGCCGAGAAGAAGGAAUGAUCGCAGAUACGACCGCGGCAGAUCCGAAUACUACGAACGCGACAUAGAAGAGUACCCAGACCGCAAGCGAGGCAGGCGCGCCCGGAGUGCCGUGUACGAGAGCGAGCGGCGCGAGGACUGGGGCGAGGACGUGGAGCGCGGCCGGCGGCGGCUGCGGCGCCUGCACACCGUGGAGGAGCCCAGACCACACCGAUAUUAUACACCUUCACCAGAUAGAGAUGAAUGGAGUGAUGAAGCACCACCCAUACAUCGUGGUAGACCAGCAGCUUGGGGUUCCCGACAAUCCGAUUUAUGUCCAGCACCAAUGUCUUAUAAGGAAGAAAUAAAACCCGUACCCAUUUGGCUGUGCGUGUUUCUCGUAGCGUCCUACAUAGUGGCUGGCACGUUCCUCUUCAAGCGGUGGGAGGGCUGGGCGUACCUCGACGCGGCCUACUUCUGCUUUAUAACUCUGACCACUAUUGGUUUUGGGGAUUUUGUGCCUGCUCAGGGGCAAAGCGGUGGAGCAGAUGCAGUACAUUCAAUAGCUCUCUGUUCCUUAUACCUCCUGUUUGGUAUCGCGUUACUGGCUAUGUCCUUCAACCUGGUGCAGGAGGAGGUCAGGGCGAACGUCGCCGCGGUUGCCACGAGACUGGGGAUCAUUAAACCGAAGGAAACUGAUGAUUAUUAGGCUUAGAUAAUUGGAAUAGAACAUCGAGAAGUCAAGAUUCUGUAUGGGUCGCAAAGCUAGUUAAGUUUAAGCCUAUUAGAAGAGAGAAUGACAUGUUUUAUAAUUUUUGUAUAUGAUAUAAUUGUAGUGGACAGUUUGCACAAUGAUCGCAUUCGACGGAAUCUAAUUUAAUGUAUUUAAUGUAAUAUUUUGCGUUUUAAAUCUGUAAAAAGUCCUUAAAAGCAAUAAUAAGUACGUACUUGUAUAUGCAUAAGAUAAUUAGCUAUAUCAUAUUUCAUAAAAAAAUGUUGUUAUAAUUUUUAGGUAUAUUUUUUUAAUGUGUUACUUUUUAACUGUCGUUUUGUAAAUAAGUUAAUAUUACGUAUUUAUAGAAAAUAAACA